AAAGAAAACGAGGACGUGCCACUCCCCGGGGCCUCUUAACCUGCUUCCUUUUACCUGACUAUUCUUCCCUUCCCUUUCUACGCCUCCCAGACCCUCCAGCCGCAGCGGGAGGAGCGGGGAGAGGUCGCCCUUCGAAGGAUCCUGCUGUGGCUCCUCCUACGUCUCCUCAGAGUCCUCUUUGGAGAUCGCCAAGUACAGGGUGGUGUUGCUCGGGGAAUCAGGUGUUGGGAAGACUUCACUCGUUUCGCAGUUUAUGACGUCAGAAUACAUCAACACCUACGACGCAUCUCUGGAUGAAGAAUUCGGCGAGAAAAGCGUGUCAGUCCUGCUGGACGGCGAUGAAAACGAGGUCACCUUCAUAGACCAUCCAGCGCACGAGAUGUCUGUCGAGAACUGCCUCUCCACCUACGACCCCCAUGCGUGCGUGGUCAUCUACUCCAUCACGGACAAGGGCUCCUUCAAGAAAGCCGAGGACAUCCUCAAUUACCUGUGGCGGGAGAACUACACCAAGGAGAAGGCGGUCAUCCUCGUGGGGAACAAGGUCGACCUUGCGCGGUCAAGGCUGGUCAGCACGGAAGAGAGUAAGACGUUGGCUUCCUGUCACGACAGCAAGUUCAUAGAGACGUCGAGUGGCAUUCAACACAACGUGGACGAGUUACUAGUCGGCAUCGUCAAGCAGGUGCGGUUGCGCCUGGCGGCCCAGAGGAAGCGCCUCAAGAAGAUGUCCUCCUCCAAGACGUCGCUGAGCCUCCACGCCGCCAAGGAGCUCCUCAGCAAGAUGUGUCUCCUCGACAACAAGUCCAAGUCGUGUGAGAACCUCCACGUCUUGUAAAGGAUAGGAAGGGAAAAUCCUCGGAAAAAUCGUCUAAUUGGAAAUGUCCGUCACGAUCUUUGAAGAAGUAUGAGGCAUCGCAUAGAGGGAGAUUUCAGCCAAAGGAGUUCAGAGAAUGUGGUCAAGGUCGAGGAUAAAGAUCCUUCUGGAGUAUGAGUAAGACCUCUUCUCUCUUUGUGCUUAGCGUCGAAGGAGACGCCCUUUUGGGGUGGUGGUUACUCCCAGGUCCCCGGGCGAUGAAACGCGUUCUUUGGUCCAUCUUAGAUGCAGACCAGUGACACUGUUUUGCGACGAAUGACUGCGUCUGCAUUUUGAUAUGACUAGAAAUGUAUUGAAGUUGGUGGUACUGACUGAUUCUGAGUACGGUUUAUUUUGAGUCUCAGUAUAAGGCUGU